GACUGUUUCGUCUCAUAAAGAUCUCUUGUCGUCGAUUGAAAAAAUGUCGGAUAGCUACUUAUAUUGUGAUACUGUUUUGGAUAUCCCAUACACUACUUUCCCGAAUUUACUGAAACAAAGGGCACAGAAAUCUCCAGAUGAGGUAGUGUGUAUUUUCAUUGAUGAUGAUAGAGCAAGGUCUAUACUUACUUUCGGGGACUUAUAUAAAAAAGCAACGAAGUUUGCAAAAACCCUGGUCCAGAUGGGGGUUAAAAGAGGUGACAUCAUUGGGCUAAAUGGUAGAAAUGUUCCAGAAUGGUUAAUUGCUGAUUUAGGAGUGCAGAUGGCGGGCGGUUGCUCUCUGUGUUUGCCAUACCAACAAAAAGAAGAAACCAUGGUAGAAUUGUUCGAUGCAAUCGGGAAUAUAAAGCUACUUAUCAUUGAUCCUGGAAACAGCGGGCAGAGCUGUCAAAUUAUCAAAAACAUACUUCACAAGAAUUUAACCUCUGCAAAAAAUGAUCCCGCAGAAGUUUCUAAAUUACUACAAAUUGUAUUGUUUAGCCAACAUGAGGCUUUCCCAUCACUAAACAAUGUUCAAGAUUUGUGCUCCCGUGAGUAUAAGGCAGUUCUUCCCAGAAUUGAUCCAGAGGAUAUAUCAAUUAUUCAACUGUCCUCGGGUACAACAGGUCUUCCAAAAGCAAUUCCGCAUUCGCAUCAUGCCAUGGUUGUGCUAGCAUACCACUCUUUCAAAAUAUACCCAACAAAUAACAAAAAAGAGAUGCUCUACAAAACUUCGCCUUUCUUUUGGAGUGCGGGAUAUCCAUAUUGGGAAAUCAGUACUGGUGGAACUCGAGUAACAAUGACAAAUGCAUUUCAUUCAAUUUCAACGGCGGAUGCAGCUUUGAUUUCUUGCGAGAUUAUAGCAAGAGAAAAACCAACUCAAGCAUUUUUUGUCCCAUCCAUGCUCGAUUUCAUAAUUAAAAAGAAUUUGCCAUUGAAAAUACCAAGAAUUCUUACGGGUGGCACAAUUGUGUAUUCAUCAGUAUUGGAGAGUAUUGGUAAAGUGUGUGACGAAUAUCAGGUCGAUUAUGCUUCAACAGAAUUGGGUUACAUUGCAUCUGGAUUGUUCAAAGCAGAAGAUAAAUACAAGGAAAAGCAAGGUAUCCUUAGAUGUCGACCAGUUCCUGGAGUAGAGAUCAAAAUCACUGAUGAGGACGGAUUUCUCCAACCGGUGGGUCAGCGAGGCAAAAUAUGGAUACGUUCAAUGAAGCAAUUUUCUGGAUAUCUUAAUCACGAAAUUUGCACGAAAGCAAACUUAAUGAAAAGCGGAUGGUUUUGCCACGAAGACGGUGGUUUUGUAACAGAUGAUAAUGCUUUGAUUGUAGAGGGACGGUGCCAAGAGGUGAUUCAAGUUUUCGGCCGAAAAAUAUAUCCUGUUGAGAUUGAAAAUGCUAUAAAAGCAAAGAGCAAUGUUAUAGAAGCCAUUGUAAUGCCGAUAAAGGAUAUGGAAACUGGAGACCUGGUUCCAACUGCUGCCAUAAUAUAUCGACCACACUGUGAGGAUUCCAUGGAAUUUCUGCAGGACUACCUCCGAAAAGAAUUAAAAAUCACGGCAGAAAAUCGGUUGCUUGGAUAUAUGUAUGUCCCGCAUGUUAUCAUAAGUUUGAAAGAUUUUCCAUUGCUAGCGAAUGGAAAGCCGAAUCGUAACGAAGUACGACAGAUCAUCCUCAAAAACGUUGAUUGCAAAAAAUACGAUUUUUCUUUUAAAUACUAGAAUAACUGAGUAGCAUAUACGUUUCUAAUAAUAUAGAAUUUAGCAUUCUACAUUAGGACUGCAUUUGAUGAGAAUCACAAAUAUGAAGAUUGUGACAUUCAUUCUACGUACCAGAUUUAUUUCCAUAUCACGCCAUGACGUGACCUGUACAUACAAUCCUAGUGGCCUGUGCAUACAAUUCUAGUGGCCUGCACGUACAAUCCUAGUGGCCUGUACAUACAAUGCUAGUCGCAUGUACUUACUUUUUAAAUAUAUUCUAUAGUAUUCCAGACUGUUUUUUUUCUAUAUGAUGAGCUGAUUCAACCCUUAAUAAUUAUGACAGAAUAGUCUUCUUAAUACAUUUUAAGUCAAUGGCACUGUUUCCUUGCAAAUUUCUUAUUGUUCACUUCUUUCUUAAUAUUGAUUUGUUUUUCUGUCAUUAUUGAUAUUCAUAUGACCAAUGAAAUAUUAUUAUAUUUUCUUUACCUUUAUGCUCGAGUGUCUUCUUGAUUGAUCAAUUUUCACCAAAGUUUUUUUCUCUUUAUCUAAAGGAUUUAAAAUUGUACUGGAUUUUGUUUUUUCGUGUUUCUGUUAUUUUAAAUUAAGGCCAAUAUUUAGGUAUUUGUUUUUUUUUAUGUAAUUUAAAAUUUACAAAGUUCAAAAUUCAUGUUGAAUGAUUUACUUCUUUUAAAGUAAAAAGGUAGAACGAAUUCAAAGCUUAAUAAGAGGUUUGAUCCAAAAGUAAUGUCAUAGAUGCGAUAAAAUAAUAAAACUGAACGUUAAACGACAAAAAUUAGCACUUUUUUAUAAACUGUAUGCUACCGUUAUAACUAAUAUAAUGUAUUUUAAUUCAGAUCAAAAAAGUAAAGCAAAAUAAGUAUCAUCUCUAAAUACAACAUAUUAAUUAGAGUAUGAGGUUGCAAGCCUGAUUCCUGACAUUUUGUUAUAAAUUCAGACUCUAGUUCUUUACACAAAUAGGCCAUAAUGUUUUAUUUACACGUUCGUAAAAAACCUUUAUUCAUUUGAUAAAUCAUUUCUCUUUUUGGGAAUGGUAUGGUUUGAUUUCAUUUAAUACUGCGCUCAUGAGAAUCGCGAUGCAUUGUGUAACAUUUUUUUGGAUGAACCCGUGUUAAAAAGUAAUAAUUGUCGUAUAGGUCUUUUUUGUAAUGCACUUGAAGCUAGUAAGCAAAUUUUCAGUGUGUGUCAUUAUGAAUUAAAUGAUUA